AUGAUCACCUCGUUUCUUUUUCCUUUCAUUUCUCUCUCCUUUUUGCCCCUCUCUAAUCACUCUCUUAACCAUUUCCCCUCUCUCUUUCCUACUUUCUCUGCCCUACCUUCUCUCUCUCUCUCUCGUCUCUCUCCUUUCAAUUGUCAUUUACCUCUCACGUUUUUUUGUUUCUCUUCCUCUCUCUCUUUCUCUCGUUUUCUUUUGCCGCUUGUCUUCUCUCUCUGUCACGCCUCUUUCUUUAUCUUUCUCACCUCUUUCUCUCUCUCUCUAACUCGCUUCUAUUCUUCUGUUCCUCUCUCAGUAUCGCCUUUAUUCUUCUCCCCCUCUCUCCGUAUCGCUUCUAUUCUUCUCUCCCUCUCUCCGUAUUGCCUCUAUUCUUCUCUCCCUCUCUCGGUAUCGCCUCUAUUCUUCUAUCCCUCUCUCGGUAUCGACUCUAUUCUUCUCUCCCUCUCUCGGUAUCGCAUCUAUUCUUCUCUCCCUCUCUCCGUAUCGCCUCUAUUCUUCUCCCCCUCUCUCCGUAUCGCUUCUAUUCUUCUCUCCCUCUCUCCGUAA